UUUAUAUAAUAUCCCUCAAUAACUUUAAAAGUAAUAGCAUAUUUUAUUAUUUACGUAUAUACGAAAUGGAUAUCGCAACCCCAUCAUCUGCUGUAGUCAACCAAUCUACCCAGCGCCGCGUAGUCUUGAUAACUGGCUGCUCUGCAGGAGGUAUCGGGCACUAUCUAGCCUUGGAGUUUGCCAAGGAAGGGUGCAAAGUGUACGCGUCGGCUCGCAACACAAGCAAAAUCGACAUCAGUCUGCACCAGGUGCACGGCAUAGAAAGUGUCAAGCUCGAUGUAACGGUAGACGAGUCUGUCAAAGCUGCUGUUGACAGGAUAAUUCAAGAGUCGGGCCACAUCGACAUACUUGUAAAUAACGCCGGGCAAAGCUGCGUUGGGCCGGCAGUCGAGACGGAAUUGCUCAGGGUGCAACAGCUGUUCGACUCCAACUUCUUCGGUGCCGUGCGCCUGUGUCAGGCUGUUGCCCCAUAUAUGAUGGAUCGUCGUCAGGGUACCAUUGUCAAUGUCGGCUCGGUGGGCGGCUACGUGUCAUCGCCGUGGAUCGGGUACUAUGGCGCUACCAAAGCCGCGCUGCACUCGAUAUCUGACUCUCUGCGCAUCGAGCUUUCACCCUUCAAUGUGCACGUCAUAGUGCUAGCGCCGGGCACGAUCAAAACUAAUAUUGUUGACUCGCAGAAUGACGAGCCGCUUAUUCCUGAGAAUUCGCGGUACAAUGGGGCGAUGAACGGAAUACGGGCGAUGGCCGAGUUUGGAAAGACCAGCAACCCAACGCCCGCCGACCAGUUUGCCAGUCACGUCGUGCCGCGCAUACUGGCAAAGAGGCCAAGCGCGUACUUGACGUACGGGAGGCUAGCGAUGGCGACGUGGGCGAUGUAUUACGUGCCAUGCGCUGUGCGCGACUACCUUUUCGGACGCAAAUUCGGCACUGCCAAGCUGGCGAGCGAGUUGAAGGCGGGCGUGAUCGCAUGAUUUAAUCAAGCUAGUCAGAAAGAAUGGUUGUGGUUGUUUAAUCAGCUCUCAUUUAUUAAUUUUGUUUAUUGCUUGUUUUCACAUGCCUCGGCAUGUGCUCAAACUGAAAAAAGGUCAAAAAAAUAUAUACGCAGCAGAUCUCUGUUCGG